AUGCCACAAAAGCUAUUUACAGAUGGCUUCUUUCUGACUAUGUCAAAGUCAGGCCAUGUUCUGGGAGCAGCCAUGUUUAUGAUUGAAAUAGCUGGUGUGAAGCUUUUAUAUACAGGUGAUUUCUCAAGACAGGAAGACAGACAUCUGAUGGCAGCUGAGAUUCCCAAUAUUAAACCUGAUAUUCUUAUAAUUGAAUCCACGUAUGGUACUCAUAUUCAUGAAAAAAGGGAAGAGCGAGAGGCAAGAUUCUGUAAUACCGUUCACGACAUUGUAAAUAGAGGAGGUAGAGGUCUUAUUCCUGUGUUUGCCCUGGGUCGAGCUCAAGAACUACUUUUAAUUUUAGAUGAAUACUGGCAGAAUCAUCCUGAACUCCAUGAUAUCCCUAUAUAUUAUGCCUCCUCUUUGGCAAAGAAAUGUAUGGCAGUUUAUCAGACGUAUGUGAAUGCCAUGAAUGACAAAAUCCGCAAGCAAAUUAACAUCAACAAUCCAUUUGUUUUCAAGCAUAUUAGUAACCUGAAGAGUAUGGAUCAUUUUGAUGAUAUUGGCCCAAGUGUUGUGAUGGCUUCCCCAGGUAUGAUGCAGAGUGGCUUAUCCAGAGAGUUGUUUGAGAGCUGGUGCACAGAUAAGAGAAAUGGAGUAAUUAUAGCAGGGUACUGUGUUGAAGGAACGCUUGCUAAGCACAUCAUGUCUGAACCUGAAGAAAUCACAACUAUGUCAGGACAAAAACUCCCACUGAAGAUGUCUGUGGAUUACAUUUCUUUCUCUGCUCACACAGAUUAUCAACAAACUAGUGAAUUUAUCCGGGCCCUGAAACCUCCACAUGUGAUUUUAGUUCACGGUGAGCAGAAUGAAAUGGCCAGAUUGAAAGCAGCAUUGAUACGGGAAUAUGAGGAUAACGAUGAAGUUCAUAUAGAAGUUCAUAAUCCUAGGAAUACUGAAGCUGUGACAUUAAACUUCAGAGGAGAAAAACUUGCCAAGGUGAUGGGAUCUUUAGCAGAUAAGAAACCAGAGCAAGGACAGAGAAUUUCUGGAAUCCUAGUUAAAAGAAAUUUUAACUAUCACAUCCUUUCUCCAUGUGACCUCUCCAAUUAUACCGACUUGGCGAUGAGCACUGUAACACAGACACAAGCCAUUCCAUAUACCGGCCCUUUUAAUCUGCUUUAUUAUCAGCUACAAAAACUUACCGGUGAUGUAGAAGAAAUAGAAAUCCAACAAAAACCAGCCUUGAAGGUUUUCAAAAACAUUACUGUGAUCCAGGAACCAGGCAUGGUAGUCCUUGAGUGGGUGGCAAAUCCUGCUAAUGAUAUGUAUGCAGACACCGUGACAACAGUGAUACUGGAAGUUCAGUCAAAUCCCAAAAUACAGAAAGCUGCAGUACAUAAAAUUUCCAAAAAAGUAGAUAUGGAUGUGUAUAGGAAGAGAAUGGAGAUCAUGCUUCAGGAUAUGUUUGGAGAAGACUGUGUGAGUUCAAAAGAUGGCUCUGUCCUGUGCGUCACGGUUGAUGGAAAGACUGCAAACAUUUCGCUGGACACUCGGACAGUUGACUGUGAGCCAGGAAGCGAAGAUGACGAAUCCCUUCGUGAAAUGGUGGAACUGGCUGCACAGAGGCUUUAUGAUGCCCUCAGCCCAGUAUACUGACCUCUGUAGAUACCUAGGACACGUCAAAAAAAUCUUUUAAAUGUUCAAUUUAUUUGGACUAUUUUUUAAGAGUAAAUAAUUUUUUUUUCUUCAGUAAGUCAAACGUAUCAAUUCUGUGACUGUGAAACUGCUGACUUAUUUCAAAUAAUGGAUGAGCAACCUUAUAGCAACUAUGUUUGUGCAUAUAGAUCAUAAUAAAAUCAGGCAAAGUGUGC